AUGGACCCCCCCGCGCCGAAGAGACGUAGGACAUCGCCACGACUGUCUGGUCUGUCGCCAACAGAGACCGAGUCGACAACGCCCCGGGAUGACCUCCCCCGACGUGACUCGUCUCCGAACAGGCCUUCGUUUGCCUCCCCGACCCGAGCGAGCCUCGAGCGGUAUAAUCCAAAUAUCUUGCGACGGCGGGAAAGCCAGCCUCGGCGGCUGCGGUCUUCCCCCGAUGCGCCUCCUACGGCUUCGCGCGCGGCCACCCCAGAUAGCACCGGGAGCUUGACGCGUGCUAUGAAGACCCAGCUCGAGUUGCGGUCUGCGUCUCGCGGCGCUAGCGCGUGGGCGGGUUCCGAUCAUGAUGGGGUCUUGCGCUCUCCGCCUCGGCGAUUAGGUCCUGGUGCUGGAACGCCCUCACGACCGACACCCCGGCCACUUCCACCACCGGCCCCAGAGGAGGACGAGGAACUACUGAGGGCAAUAUCUGCCCGCGUACAUCCAGGCGUCGCUCUGGGUGUGCUCCCCGAAGUUACCGCUCCCGAACCCGAACUUCCACCAACCCCCGAGCACCCAGACCCCGUGGUCAGCACACCACCGUCUGGGAUACAUAACACGCCGUCGCGGCGCCUCAAACGAACCCGAGUACUAUCAGAAAAGCAGAACGGGUCAUCACCGCUUAGGAAAGAGGCACUGCGCCCCCCAAAUCUGCGCAAAAAGGGGUCCGGCAAAGUCGACUUGCAAGCUAAAGCUGCGCAGGUCGAAGCUCCGACACCGACUCCGGCAGAGAGCCGAGGGCUCAAAUCGCCUGACCCUGAUGCGGAUAAGAAGAAGCUGCGUGAUUCUCUUCUAGCUGAGAUUGCGCAGCUGGAAAGAGACCGAGACAUUGCUGCCAAGGAGAACGAACGCAUCCGUACUGCCCGGGUCUCCAAACGAGCACCCUCCCCUCCCAGCAAUGCAGAUGAGGUCCUCGACCUACUCGUGCGCCACCUCCUCCCACAGCAACCCGACGUUCCGAAACCAGACCCGAUCCAAGACUGGCUUGCUUUGGCUCUCAACCCCAUAGGCCUAUUGCCCUUCGCCAAACCAGCACCCCGAAACCAACAACUCCAACCACCAGAGGAGGAGCUUCCUCUACCCAUAUCUCACCACCCACUUCCUAUGACAGCCUCCGAAGCGCUUCCCUAUCUCCAGGUCUUCACUCCUCUGACCUUCACCUCCCACGUGGCCCCGCUCCCUCCCACCGACACCGACGCCUCGGCGUCCACACCCAUCCUCCAGAAACACUACAUUACGGCUGCUUCCACCGCACCCCGUGGCCUCUUCGCUGCUCGCAUCGAAAUGACAGUCAACACCGCCACCAUGGCCAUCACCGACCUUGCCGUGCCGGCCCUUGACCUGACCGCCGAGGCCGAACUACGCCCAUUCAUCGACCGCAUCAUCACCACCCCCACCCUUACUACGGCAAAGACCAGCCCGACAAGUAGCGGACUGCACAACAACAUCAGUGUUCUGACCUGGGCCAUGGGCGAAUGGGUGCGCGUGGCGAGGCAGCGGGCAAAAGUAUGGGGUUCGUUAGAGAAGGAGAUGUGUGCGGGGAAGGAGCCGUUGAAGGAGAUGGUGGGAAAGCAUAGGGAGUGGGCGAGGAAAAGGGGGAAGAAAACACCUGGAAAGAGAGCGAGGCGAGCAGGGCGAGAGAGAGGGGCGGAUAGCGAGGAUGGUGGGGAUGACGAAGACGAAGCGACUAGUCAAGGGGGAGAAGGCAGUGAAAUCGGGAGUGAUGAUCUCGAGGGCGGUAAGCACGAGACAACCGCUGAUUUACUCCCGUUCAUGGGACGGACAUCCAUGGACCUAGAGAUUCCUCUCCCAGGCAGCGGGCGUGGAGAGGUAUCAAUGUUGAGAAUGCAGUGGCGGAUUUUGUUUGAUUGGACGGGCGAGGCGCGCAGCGAUGUUGCCGUAUCGGUUGGCGUUCCGGGGAAGUGGCACAAACAUGAUGAGAGGGGCCGGUUAGCUGGACUGCCUAAGCUGUUUGAUGAGUUGGUUCAGGGGGGCGAGGAGCCGCUUGCUGCUGUACGGACGGUGGUGUGCUUGCUAGUCGGAGAGAAGGUGUAG